GUUGGUUCACAGUGUCACGUCCAGAAAGUGCAGCCUGUGGCUCUAAAGUCCUGUGAACGAUGUACUAUGUAGCAAUGGUCCUUCUACUAUAUCGUUGUCCUGUGUAAUGUAAUUGAAAAGGUGAGAGGGGAGAUUCGCACUUAUCCGUUUUCAAAUGUGGCUUAAGAUAAUUUCUUCGGACGUGCAGGAAUCUUCAAAUGAACAGUGCUGAGAAGUCUCUGGAACCAGUAUCAUGCGUCGUGCUCGAAUAAAAGCUGUAGCAAAUGUCCAGACGCGACGAAAAACUGCACAAGAACUCCCUGUCUUAUUGCCAUCCCAAUCAUCCAACCCACCUGAAACCAGCAAGAAUCUUGUCCGGGAAACUACCAUUCAAACAGCAACUAUUGGCACCAUUCCAGAAAAAGUAAAUCAUGGAACAGACGACAGUAAAAAGGCAAUAAAAAUACCAAAUUCCCAGAUCAUGGGUGCUCAUCAGACUGAUCAAAUUCAGAAUAAAGAGAUCAGCGGACCUACACAGGUUACAAUUUCUCGUUCACAUGACAAUACUUUGGCAGUCCUUGGAUCACUCCCUUCUAUAUCUGAUCCUAUAUCUUCAAAAUCACCAGCCUCGCCUGCAAAACUUAUGCAAAAUCGAUCAAGGUUUGUUAAACCAGUACCACGGCUGGAUGGUAGUGGACGAAUACGACGAAGUAGUAUACAGGGAAGCGGUGCUAGUGCAAGCGAGUCUGAAGAUGAUAACAAGAGAUUAAAUUAUGUUCUUCCCUGCCGCAUGAGAAAUGAUUCCUGUGGUUCGAUACAAAGUAACAAAGAACCCACUGCUAGCAUUGGGCUCAAUAACAUUUCGGAAACCAGGCCAGCACCAAAAAGACGAAUGGUCAUUUCGGAGUCUGCACGGAAAUUGGCAGAGGCGAGACGAGAGUUUCUACACAAGCAUGGAAACAAGGCCCCAGAUAGAAAUAAACUUACUAUGUACGAUUUAAUCUACUAUAACCCUGUAACCAAUCCAAUGAAAGCUCAGGACAAGGGUGUGGAAAAAUCAAGGGAAGAUUCUUUUCGUUCAGUAAAUGAUUGUAUUGCUCAAGAUGAAGAAAAUGUCGAUGAACCGUAUGAAAUGCCAGUGCCUCAAGUCAAGGUUGGACCAGAUGGUCAGUUAAUCAUAGAUGAACAAAGUCUUGUUAUCGAGCAAACUGGUACUAAGAAGGGUCGAGAAGCAUUAGCAAAAACUGAGGUAGUCGUGGACGAAGGACGUUCAGGUAAUGGAUUUUACAAACGUCCUCGAAAAACUAAGGAUUGGCCAAAAUGGGAAACACUGAGAUUUUACACCGCUUUGAAUACUAUUGGUACGGAUUUUCUUCUGAUGCAAAGCUUGUUCCCUGACCGAUCUAGGCAAGAAAUCAAAUUGAAAUUCAAAAAGGAAGAAAAAACUAACAGAACGUUGGUCGAGAAGGCAUUGAAAUAUCAUCAAGAAUUUGACAUGGAUGCAUUGGAGCAAGAACUUGCGACAUUUGAAGAACGAGAAAAAUUAGAACGAGAGGAGAAAAAAAAAGCAAAAGAAAGUAAGUCCAAGGAAAAGAAGAGGUCCAAAACUAAAAAAAAAAGAAAAUGUGCAUUUGUUACUUCAAGUAUCGAGCAAGGGGAUGAGACAGGAGAUGAGGAAGGCGAGCAAAUUAGCGAUUCAGAUUUGGCAGAUGCAAUGAAAUGCGAAAAAAGCAAUAACUCAAGUAUCAAAAAAAUAAAAACAGGUGGAAAAUGCAAGAAUGACAUGUCAAUGGACGAAGCGCUUGACGAUUUGAUGCAAGGUGCAGGAAUCUUCAGCGAUUUAGAAAGUGAUACUGAAAUAUACGAGGUAAAACCAACGCGUUCCGGCCGAUGUCCAAGGUCGAGGAAAUUUCAAGAGUUCAAUAUGAAUAAAUUUGAUAAAACGUAUGUGGACGAUUCUACAAAAAACAAAGAGAAUCACGAGAAUGUGAGUAUCAGAUCAGGUACUGAGGAUCAGCCGACUAAUUCAAUCGACUCUAGCAAAGAGAGUCAAUCAAUCGUCGACCCUCCCAAAGUUCGGCAAAGAACGAUACCAGACAUUACUAAAGUAGAGCCUGGUUCAUUGGUCAUCUUAUCCAGCGAAGCACCUGGUGAACCAGGUAGAACGAUGCUACAAGUUUACAUGGUCAGCCCUAAUUUGGAUCCGACGGAUGUCGGUGUUAAACAGAGCAUGGCUCCCGUUGAUUUGCCUUCAGAACUAUUGGCGACAGUUACUACCAAAAUAUCACAAAGUGAAACACCCGAUUCCUAAUUUUAUUCGGUUGAUUUCCAAUUCAGCAAUAUCAUCAAAUGAGAAACAUUCGCGCCUUGUUCGAGGAGGGUAAAAGUGUUGUCUGUUGACUGCCAACUCUGUAUUAGGUGCUUUGCACAAUUAUUAAUGUUGAUGAUCUUUCACUUAUGUAUCUUUAUUUUUCUCCGGUACACGAUCGCUCUUUCACGCGAUUGAUUUGAGUUUUGAAACAAUGGACUCGUUUGAAAGGUAUUUAUUUAUUAUUCAAAAGUUAAGUUAAUGUGAUUUUUGUACAUUAAAACAUUAAAUUAUUUAAGACAAAAGGCUUUGUUCACAUUUGAGCAUGGAUUACAUGAUAUCUGUAACAGUCAUGCCAUACAGUAUGUGGCGAGUCAGCAAAAUUACCGAUGCAUCUCUAAAUUAUCCGCAUCAAUAACAUAAUUCAAGUGUAUCACAGGGUAUCCAUUUCGAACUUUCCAAAGCAUCCCACAUGUUGUAAUCCUGCUCAAUUGUAUCUCGGUUGGCCUUAUCAACGUCCACUGGAACGGAAUGCUCUGAAAUGAAAUUGGACAGUAACGAAUGAAAUAUUGGAACCGAUUGUAAAUAGGUCUCCCUCCCAUAGAGAUUAAAUAGUUUCGUGCGAGGGUC